AUGGAGUACGAAUACCGCACCGCAGGUGCGACGGCGAACCGAGCGAAUGCGGAUGCAACGAUAUCAGCGAAAACCCUCGAAACACUGACACGUCGGUUGGCAAAGAUUAUACCGAAACCGAAGCCUGUGACCGAAGAUACGGCCCCGCAAGAUGAUACACCACCUCGCGAGAUGCCUACGGAGAUGGCAGCAAGAAGUAGAGAGCGGAGUCGGUCCAUGAUACAACGCUUGUUGGCUUCGUAUGUGCGCCGCAAACGGGGUGUACCAAGUGAGCCUAUCGAUAAACCUCUUGGUACGGUACCUACCGCGAAGGCGCCUCGUGAUCCGGGUCCACCGGAUCUACCGCCGAUGUGCCCCCCAGAAUCGGACGGGCAGCGUCCCCAAGAUCUCGAUGUUACUAUGGCGGAGAGCACGGUUACGUUCGGGAACACUAUGUGCUUGAAUGAUUUAAAUGGAGGGGCAGUUACUCCGCCUCCCUGUGCCGCUAGUGUACCUAUUCCAGCGGAUCUAGCCAAGGCAAUUGAGGAAGAGCUUAAGGCCUCGUCUGGAGUUAUCGACGUUUCCGACACGGGUGCCUCUAGUUUAUUAACACGUCCUACCGCUAGCAUGGGUGGUCUCUGUACGCAGGUAGCGGUCCGGUCCCCGAUGGAACAAUGUCGCGCUCCCGAUCCUCACGAUCAGACUUUACGCGCAACAAGGAUUCGCAAAAUUCCAGAUAGCGCAUCUGCUGCGGUGGAGGCUGCUGCAGUGCCGGAGAGCAUGAAACAAAUUUCAUUAAACACAGCGGCUAUUGGCAAAUGGGUUAGCCUGCACAAAGCGAUGGCUGCACUACCGACUACAAUGCCAGUUGGACCUAAGGGACAAAUGGCCUGGAUAAACGCGUGCUCCUUGGACUUGGCGGGACUCGUCUGUGGACUACCUUAUCCUGUUGCUUACCUUGCCUCGAUGUCGGGUGAAACCCUACGGUCUUUUGGACAUUCCAUCAACAGUUAA